GUUUGGUUAUUAUUAUUUUUUUGUAUUGUGACUGAUAAGAAGCGACGCAAUUAGAUUGUGCCACUAAAUGCAAAAUAUCGCUCAAAGAUGAGCGGCAACAUACACGGCAUCAGUUGGUUUCCCAACUUCCCCGACAAGUUCGUCUCCUGGGGCCAGGAAAUCAAUUUGUACGAAGUGCGCAGCAAAGAGGACUCAACCCAGAAAAGUCGCUUGCCCUACAUUCCGGUCAACUUUCUGUCCAACGAGACGCGCUAUCAGUACGCUCGCUGCGUGGCCACCUCCUAUCACAGUGACCAGCCGAUCAUUGCCGUCGGCCUGGCCGAUGGCAAAAUCGGCAUCUGCAAUUUCCGCGACACCUACGACAGCAGCUGGGAGUACACACCCCGACAGCAGCGCAUGUGCACGUGCCUUGCCUGGAACGAGCUGGAUGCAAAUAUAUUGGCCAUUGGCCACGAUCGACAUCGCUCCGAUUCUUGCAUCACUAUUUGGGACAUUGAACGGGGCGUGCCCAAGGAAACAGCGAAUUUCUUUGGCCUCGCCGAGUCGGCAAAUUCUUUAUGCUGGGACCACAAUCAUCGUAUGCUCAUCGCUGGAAUGAGCCAGAAACUGAUCAAGCUCUUCGAUCUGCGGCAGAGCAACACCACCUGCCAGUCCAUACAGACGAAGACAGUGCAAGGCCUGUCCGUGGCGCCCAAUGGCAACUAUCUGUGCAGCUAUGUGGACUCCGUGAUCAUGCUGUGGGAUCUGCGCGCCAUCGAGCGACCCUUGCGACAGAUUCAAUCGUCCAGGAAUCACAUGCAGAUCAGCUGGUGCCCCACCCGCACGUCGCUGCUGUCGUCGCUGCAGCGCGAUUCGCCGUACAUCACGCUCUACGACAUUCGCAGCGUGGACAACGAGUCCUGCCGCGAGGUCUACCAUGUGAAGCGCCAGAUCAGCCCCCUGCCGGCCAAGUAUCAGCACAGCGGCAAGUUUGCCACAGUCAACUGGCUGUCCUGGCAUCCGCGGGACUUCGAACGAGCUCUGCUGCUGGCGGAUGCCCUUAAUAUAUUGGAGUUCCGGCUGCCCGCCAGCUUGCAUACGGCAUUCAGUAAUCGGAGCAAGCUGCCGCUGCUCAUGCAGCGUCCUCUCUAUGCUCCAGCGCCCGUUGGUUCGUCCACAAAUAAUCAGGAGCCGACGCAGGCGCCGAGCAGCUGCAGCACGAACAGUGCCAGCAGCUCGCUGAACGAAUACAACGUCGGCUCCUCCCUGAGCUUCGAUUUUCUGGAGCGCGAGCUCUUCGAAGAGGAUCUGUUGGAGGAGACGCGACAGCGAGCGAUGCAGGACUACGGCAUUAAGCCGGACAACACGCGACUCGCUGAACUUCAUCUGAGUCCGUAUCUGCGCAACGUUUGGGCCACCCUCAACAAUAUGCACAGCGAGGAGCGCCUGACGGGCCUGAAGGCCACGCUCGGCAUCAACCUGGGCCACACCUCGGAGGCGCUGAUGGCCAGCUCGCGCAUUGAAUCCCAGUUGCUGCAGUGGCCCGACGGCAUCAACAGCUCCAACAAACUGGUUACCUAUAGGAGCGAGCAGCGAGACAAAGCUCUGCAGCUAUGCGGCUGGUCAUUUGAGCACGAGCUGGACCGCUUCAUCGACGAGCUGUACGCGAACAAGGAGUUCAGUCGGGCGGCCAUGAUCUGUGUUUUCCACUUGAAGGUGCUGGCCGCUUGCAAUAUAUUGUCCCGGGCGGCGGACAAGCAGCGCGAUCCCAGCAUGUAUCGGAUCACGGCGAUUGCGUUGUCCAGCUUCAAUGCGGAUCGCUGCAGUUCGACGUGGCGCAACCAGCGCUCCAGCGCGAACAUGCAAAUUCAGGAUCCUCACUUGAGGGCCAUCUUCUCAUUCCUCACCCUGGAGGGGGACAAUUUCGAUGCGGUGCUCCGGGAGGAGGGUAUCUCGCUGGCAGAUCGCGUGGCCUUCGCCUGCAAAUAUCUAUCGGAAACGAAGCUCACAGAGUACAUCAAGCAGAGAAUUCAGCGCUGCAUCGAAUGUGGAGACCUGAAUGGCUUGCUACUGACCGGCGAGUCCUUGGAUGGCAUCAAUAUACUGCAGGCCUACAUGGAUGCCAGCUUUGAUGUGCAAACGGUCGCCCUGGUGGCCAUCAAUUUCUUCCGUAACGAGCAUUUCGCAGACAAUCGAAUCCAGUACUGGGUGGCCAGCUACUUGGACUACCUGAACAGUUGGGGCCUGUGGGAGAAGCGAGCGGAGCUGGAUAUUAAAAUAGAGAAUAUACGCACCUCGACGCGAAGCGCUCGCACCGUCUACCUGUCGUGCAAUUUCUGUGGCAAAUCCGUGUCGAAUGCGCUGCUAGAUGAGCCUCGACCCCGCAGCACCAGCACCAGCACAAAUCGCUUAUCCUCGUGUCCCAGCUGCCGGAAGCCACUGCCGCGCUGCUCGCUCUGCCUGAUGCACAUGGGCACCAUGAUAAACACGACCGCCAGCGAGAAAACGUCAACGGAGCUGCAGGGUGGCUGGCAAAUGAAGCCGUUCUCCAAGUGGUUCUCCUGGUGUCAGACGUGUCGUCACGGCGGCCACACCGAGCACAUUGUGCAAUGGUUUAAGUAAAAUUCCGAGUGUCCGGUGUCGUCCUGCAACUGUCGCUGCUUUGACAUGGAUGGCACCAAACCAAACGCUUUGCGUGAGAUUUCCUAGCUGC